AUGUUUCGAGCCCGACGGUACCGGGUUCUCCUGGUCUUUGCGACCAUCUUUGUGCUCGCCUUCAUCCAUUUCGCUCGAUCUCGAGAACAGGCUCCCUCUGCCUGGAGUGCGCCGCCACCCGUUGAUCGCCAUCCUGCAUCUUUCUCGCCAAAUCCUCCCCCCGCUGACGAGACCAUCCCCAAGGACUCUGCUCCCAUAAAUGCCCCUCCGUCCCCUCCUCCGUCUUCCCCUGAGAGUUCCGAUCCGCAUUCCGCCGACGAAGCGAAAGAGCCUUCUACCGAAACCUUAUCUGAUGCUCGCCCGUCGACCUCCGCGGAAGUGUCCAACCCAUCGAGCGAUGCAACAGCCUCGGAGAACAAGAAUGAGGCCGAGUCUGGUCCGGCCCAGUCCCAAUUGGGCUCUCAAAGUAAAGGGGAUUCAGUGGUGGACGCUCCCGAGUCCACCUGGCCACACCCUCAUUGGAAGAAGAUGCCCGAGCAGUAUCCUCUCGCUCCCGAGGACUUGAUCCAGCUGCCGGCCGGUCAGUCCAAGGCGCUCCCUAAACUGCAGGCAGAUUUCAAAGAUGAAUCAUCCGCCGACAAGAUGAAGCGUCUCGAGAGGCUAUCUACGAUCAGGUCCACUUUCGAACACGCUUGGACUGGCUACAAGACUUCCGCCAUGGGCCACGAUGAAGUUAUGCCUCUUCGGGGUGGAUAUCGCGAUCCGUUCAAUGGCUGGGGAGCUACUCUCGUGGACGGCUUGGAUACCCUUUGGCUCAUGGGCCUGAAGGAGGAGUUCUCCCUUGCGGUCGACUACAUCAAGACUAUUGACUUCACCACCUCCAAGAAGAAGGACAUUCCGGUCUUCGAGACGGUCAUCCGUUAUAUGGGAGGUCUGCUUGGUGCAUACGAUAUCUCGGGACACAAGUACGAUGUGCUUCUGGAGAAAGCUGUAGAGCUCGCUGAGAUCAUCAUGGGCGCUUUUGACACUCCGAACCGCAUGCCAACCCUCUUUUACAAAUGGGCCCCGCUUUAUACAGUGCAACCUCAUCGCGCGGAUAAGAAGGCUGUGCUGGCUGAGCUCGGCUCUCUUUCGGUGGAAUUCACCCGCCUGGCACAGUUGACCAAGGAAAACAAAUACUACGACGCUAUUGCGCGCAUCACUAAUGCGCUCGAGGAAUAUCAGGACAACACGCAGCUUCCUGGCUUGUGGCCAAUGAAGAUCGACGCGUCUGGAUGCAAGAAGACCCCCACGCACAUCGAUCAUGAGGUUCCUCGCGGCAAAGUGCCAGCAGAAUCACCCACCAGCACUGCUCCCACUAAGCCUCACACCACCAGGCCUGCUCCAACAGACGCCCAGAGCUACACCGAGUUUUUGGUGCCCCAUGAUGCAAGAUCGCUGCACGAGGAUGCCCAACCGGCUGACUACGGUGGAGUCUCGCGUCAAAACUACCCUAGCUCAGAGAGCGAGUACCGCGCUUCCUUCGAUAAGCAGACCCCCGACGCGCAGUGCCAUGAAGGAUUGACCAGCCCCGCCUCGGAAAGCGAGAAGUACGGAUUGGGCGCUCUUGCUGACUCGACGUAUGAGUACCUGCCCAAGGAGUAUAUGCUGCUGGGUGGUCUCAACGACCAGUACCGCACCAUGUACGAAAAGGCCAUCAAGGCCACCAAAGAACGGCUCCUCUUCCAGCCCAUGAUCAAGGGCGGUCGCGACGUUCGAUUCUUGAGCACCAUGACGGUGCCCAAGCAGCCUGGUCGUACGAAGGUGACAUAUGAUGGCGAUCAUCUAUCCUGCUUCGUGGGUGGCAUGGUUGGUAUCGGUGCGAAAUUGUUUGGUCUUGAAGGUGACAUGGAUCUGGCGUCCAAGUUGACCGAUGGCUGCGUGUGGGCGUACGAGUCCACCAAGACUGGGAUCAUGCCCGAGCACUUCUCCUUGCUUCCUUGCAAGCAGGGCGAAAAGUGCGAAUGGAACGAGGAGGCCUACUACAAGGCGCUGGACCCGAACAUGCAGGAGCGAUUGGCUCGGGCAGCAGCACGCAAAGAAGAGAAGGAGAAAGAAAGGGAGAAAGCCAAGGCCAACGAGCCCUACGUGGAUCCUGAGCCUGAAGCUAUCAACUCGAUCAAGAAGUCUCACGCCAAGCGGGAGCGCGGCAACUGGCACGUCAUUGCAACGCCUCCCGACGACAUUAAGAAGAAGGAGGAGGAAGUGGUGGAGCCCGUUGACGAUGCCGAGGAGGAGAAGGCCCCCUCGCACGAGGAAUUUGUCGCAGCCCGGAUUCGGAACGAGCGGCUGCCACCUGGUGUCACUCGUCUGGUGGAUCGCAAGUAUCUCUUGCGGCCCGAGGCGAUCGAGUCCGUGUUCAUCAUGUACCGCCUCACGGGCGACGAGUACUGGCGCGAGAAGGGCUGGGAGAUGUUCGAGGCGGUGUCUAAGCACACGCGGACGGAGCUGGCCAAUUCGGCCAUUGAAGACGUGACGGUCCAGACUCCCAAGCCGACGGACGAAAUGCAGUCCUUCUGGCUGGCGGAGACGCUCAAGUACUUCUACCUGUUGUUCAGCGACCCGAGCGUGGUGAGUUUGGACGAAUAUGUGCUAAACACCGAAGCGCACCCAUUCAAGCGCCCGCAGUAA